AUGAGUCAAAGCUUUUCUUUAUUUGAAUAUGCAGAAUUCAUCAUAAGGAAAAAGAUUGGCGAAAUCAUUAAAAAACCAGAUUUUACUGGCUCGAUUAAAGAAAUUAUUGAAAUUAUUGAUGUAACUAAUCAGCAAAUCUUGCAAUAUACACUAUCAACGCUUUAUAAAACAGCUGUUGACUACAAAAAUGACAAGGAUAUUACUGACAGACUUAAUUUCGUUGUUUUAGAAAUUCUUCGAGCGAACCGAAAUCGACCAAAUAUACUUUAUUUGAUUAGAAACUCAUUAUCUACAUAUUCAGAAUUUCCCAAUGCAGUUUUGGAUUGCUUUUCUUCUUCAAUUUCGGUUUUAUUAUCCAUAUCACUCUUUAACUCACAAUAUGCACAAAAUGCAAUGGAAUAUUUCAAUGCAAAGCUACAGAAUAUGACUGACAAAUCGAUAUUUACAGAAUUUACAGUUUUCUCUUAUGAAGUUGCAAUAAUGAUGAAUAAAGAUAAUUACAGCUUCAUACCUUACUUUCCAAUAAUUGAAGAAGAUAAAAAUACGUGUGAAUCUAUUAUAUCUUUUAAGAAUUUAAAUAUCAAAACAGUUAUUUCGGAAUUAGGCAAAGAAACACUUACAUCCAUUAACAAGUUGAUGUAUAAACUUAGUUUCUUACCGGAUAUUACUGCAAAAGACUGCGCAGAACUACUUUAUCAUUUAUCAUCGACAAAUUCUAAUUUUUAUCACUGUUUUGAAAAGGAUCAGAAAUCAGCUCAAGCUAUACUACUAAAUAUACAAACGGUUUUUAAUAAUUUCAAUAUAACGUUCACAGAUUUAAUAAAAAAUCUCGAUUUUCCAUUACCUGAUGAUUAUUCGAACAUCUCUUUUAAAUUACUAUUCGAUUUAUUAUACUUCUUUAACAAAAAUGAAACAAUUUCUUCAAAAUUUUUAUUAUCAAACUGGAAAAAUCGAAAAUUACAGUAUGAAAUACUAAAAGUAUUAACAAAAGAACAAGUUUACAUCAAUAUCCAAUCAAAUUCUCCUGGAAAACUCUCAACUUUACUUGAUAUUUCUGACCAAAUUUCAAAUAUCUGCUGGACAAGUGAAGAAUUUACAACGAAAAUAAUUGAUUUAGCUUCUAAUAACAUUCACAGACUGAAAUACAUCUUCUCAAAUAUAAAUUCCCAUUCAAUUUUAACUUUAAUAAAUUUAUAUUGUAAUAACAAAACAGAAAAGAUCAUGGAGUUCUCCAGAGAGCUUUUAGGGAACCUGAUAUUCCCAAAUGCAUCAGUAAAAGAGCUUAAUUUCAUCUGGAACAACGCAUCUAGUUUAUUAUUAACAAUUUCCCCUCAAUUCCAAGUGACAAGAAAGUUUUUAGAGAAUAUUUUACCGAUAUUUGACGAUCACAUCAAAGAUUUUACUGAAAAAUGCAAUUUUGACUUUUUAAUUGAUAUAAUUAAUUUUGCAAUAGACAGAUACGAAGAUAUAUUAGUUAACUUAGUGAACAACUUCUCAGAGAUCCAAAUACUAACAGCUUCUGACCAAUUAAUUCGAAAAUCCAUCGCAGAAAACUCAUUAAUUCUUCCAAAAACGAUUUACUUGUUUUUCUCAACGAUCAAAAACAAGUUUAACAGUUUAUCAUUGAAUACAAAAUUAUUUGUGCAGUUUUCCUAUACAAAAUGUUGUAAUCUCAGAAAUCCAUUCAAAAUUAUCACUUGGAACAUUGAAAUUGACCAACAAUCAAAUGAACAAUCGAAAGAAGAUGCAAAAGAAGUCAUAAGGAAGCUACAAACAAAAGAGAAACCACCUGAAAAAAUUUAUAAGAGUUUAAUUCGAGCGAGAAUGCAUAAUUUCCUAUUUUUUCAACAGUCAAUCAACUUGUUAAUAUCUAAUAUAGUUAACCAAGAUUCAGAUAUCUCAUUAUACUGUGAUGUUAUCGUUCAACUGAUAUCUUCAAAAGAUAUAACUUCAGAACAACUUCAUACCAUUGUAGAUCACAUCACAUAUCUUCUAUCUAUCAAUUCAAUGCAAAAGGCAACAGAAUUACUGCAAAUUAUCAAAAAUACUUUUCAUAUAAUUUUGAAUUAUGAUAAAAUCAUCAUACAAUUAUCAAAUGAACCAAAACUAUCAGAUAUAGACCAUGAACUUUAUAUAUCCAUAGUCAAACAGAAGCUUUUGAUCAAUAAAAGUGCUACAAACAGAAUUGCACAAGAUUUAGAAAUAAAUCAUCAUCUAAAGAGGUUUUCAAGCCUUGAAAAUCCGAAACCUCGUGUUGUUGAUGCAAUGAGACAGAUAAAAUACAAUCCAAAAGAUUUACACAUCGUUUACAAAGAAAUAGAAGAUUAUUCGGACUGGAUAUCACUUGAAGUUGUCAAUAUAAUUGAACAGAAUCCAUCAUUAGUUGAGAGUUUCGUUUCGGAGCGUUUGCCAACAAAUUAUAAUUUUAAUCUUGUUGAAGCUGCAUGUUUUAGAGCACUUUCAUUGAUCAUUAACACUAAUUUUGAGGAAGAUAAUACAGAUGACCUCAUUGCUGCUCAUAAUCUUUAUGUUUUAGGAACAUUAAUUGGAGAAUUAACUCUAAAACAUAAUAUUGGCCUCCAAUCGAGAUGCAUUGAUCUGAAAUCAGUAAUAUUACACUCAGUAUCAUAUGGAAAAAUGAAUGCUGUCGUUCCUUUCGUUUGCGAAAUUAUUGAUAAAGCAUCUCCUUUCUUUAACCCGCCAAAUCCAUAUCUAUCCGGUAUAUUACAUUUAUUAUCGGGUAUUUAUGCAUUGCAAAACGUGAAAUUACCUAUCAAAAAUUGCAUAAGAACUAUUUUCGACAAAUUUUCGGUUAAUUUGUCAAUGUUUGAUAACAUUCCAAUGUUCUUCCCAGAAAAGAUACAAAAUAACUCAGAUUUUGUAAUGAUUCCUUUCUCAUUAUCGCAUUUAAGCCCACAAACAGAUAUUGACAGACUUACCAGCUUUGAUGAGCACUUCAUGUUAUCAUACAUCAAGUCGCAUGUCAUUAUUCCUCACUCAGACCUUCUAACAGAAAAUCCAGAAUUAUCAAAUAGUUUAUCUAAAAACAUUUCAGAGAAUUUGUUCGAAUUUAUCAAAACUGAGUGCAAAGAGCUGAUUAUCCAGACUUCUUCCACUGUUUCACAGCUUGUUGGAAAAGAUUUUACCUCAUCAAUCGACCAACAAGCAAUUCCAUCAGUUGUAAACAAGUUUACCAGCCAAAUCUCAUCAUGUCUGAGCCUGUUUUCCACACAAUCGAAGCUGAGCAGAUUAUUGAUAAAUGUUAUUUCUUCAGAAAUCAAAAAUGACAAAGAAAUAGAGUAUAUCAAUGAUAUUGCAUCAGUUAACUACGAGUGGUCUGCUCAAUUUAUACGCGAUCUUGUUAAAAUCGCAUCCGAAAAGUCAUCAAAUGACAAAUUACAGACAAAUUCGCCAACAGAAAACAGCCAAAAUCAAAAGAACUUCACAACAAAAACAUUUGGCUUGAUCAGAUCCAAUCUCCAAGAGACAGAAUACAAAGUUUACGAAGAUUUCUUCAAUAGACCUGUUUCUCUUCAGCCAUUUAACAAAUCGGAGUUCGAACAGAACUACGACAUCAAACUACAGCCUGAUGUAGAAUUCAUGAAGUUCAUUGAACCAUUUACGAAACUGAUUCCCAUUGAUACAUCGAUUAACUCGAAAUACGAUGUAAAUUACCAUGAAAACGCAAUUUCUCUGUUGAUGACACACAUGCCGAAACUGAAGUCUUUCAUGAUGGAUACAGAAAGAUUCCAAUCAAUUCUCAAAACAUUUUUCAUGGCUUCAACAAUGCUCAACCAUGAAGUCAUUGAUAGAGUAAUAAAUGACGUUUUGACAAUUGUAAACAAAAGUGUCAACAAAAAGAUGAUUUCCGAAUCAAAGCAUUUCAUCUUGUAUUGGCUCAAAACAUCAAUAAGAUCAAUACCGCUAAUAACAACACUGAUUAACCUUAAAUAUGUCAAAACAUGUCAAUUUGACAAAAUUUUGACAGAUUUAUUAAAUGUUGAUCCAUUCAAUUCUGUCAAUGCCAUGUUUUGUAUCAAUUUCCUUUAUCAUGUCCUGAUAAAAGAGAAGCAGUUUUCUGGUCUUGAUUUCAUCAAUUCGUUGUCAAAUGUAAUAACGAUUAAUUUAUCGUUCAUUGAAAAUGAUCUUUCAUAUUUGUCAAACACUUAUGACAAAAUACAAGAAUGCGGAAUGAAACUCAAGACUCUUUCGAAGUUUUAUUUCAAUCUCUGUUUGCAUAAUUCGAAUUUCGACCAACAAAAGGAAUUUACUUGUAAUAAUUUAUCAGGAGAACAAAUGAUGAAUAUUACUGAUGAUUUAUUACAACAAGAAACAAAAUAUUUGUUAUUGAAUUCUUUGGCAAAAUUUAUUUUGUCAGAAAAAAUUGAAUUGAAGAAAAUUGACAAAAUUUUCAAUUCUAUUUAUAAUAUUUUCUUUGUUAAGAAUGUUUAUACUCCAAAAGAGAUUACAUUAUUCCUACAUACUAUUAGACCAACAAUUGUUCCAUCAUUUGCUUUUUGUUGGAUACAAAUUUUGACAAAUUCAAAAUUUGUCAAAAAAUUAAUUGAAGAAAAUGAAGAAUCUUUGGCGCUUUUGAUCACGGAUUAUAUUAAAAUAUUGCCAACAAUAGAUAGAUAUUCCCACAAAGCAAUAUUUGAUAAGAUAUAUGUUUCUUUUCUCAGAUUUUUGUUGAUUUUGAUUCAUGAUUUUCCUCAGUUUGUUUCAGAUUCAAAAAUUUUCUUUUUGAUCACUUUUCCUGUUGAUUUUGUUCAGAUUCGAAAUAUAAUAAACACAAUAUCAGAGAAGCCAAUGCAUCCUUUAAUAGAUCUUGCAAAGAUGCAGAAAGAAUAUCCAAUAGAAAUAGAAUUUUUCGAAGAUGAAAAUUUGAAUCAAAACAAACUCAAAAAUGUUGUUUCAUUUUUAGAAGAAAAAUGUGUAAAUCAAGUUCCUCUCCUGUUUUGCAUACUAAAAUAUGCAAUUGAUUCAAGACAUUUGGCAGAGUUCAUAUUUAGUUUCUCAGAACAAUGUGUUGCACACACUGUUUCCAUUUGCUUCGAUGUUUUGUUUGAUUUGA